GCUGGCCCUGCAAACCUUGGUGCUGCUUGUGGCCACGGCCUCUUUUAGCCUCAAGGGCUCCUCCGGAGAAGUUCGUGUGGAGGAGAUGCCUUCGACUCCUGAGGCCUUUCUGGGCUUCUCCGUGAGCUGCGCUAAGACGUGGUCGAAGAGCGACUGUGAGGCCUUCGCUACGCAGCUCGCUGAGAAGGUGAAAGCAUUGAUUUUGGACUCCAGUAUCGAGCUGCAGGUCCUCCCAAAGCCAGAGGCAGUGCAGCUCCUUUCGUCCAACUUUCCCAAGUGCCAGGACUUUGCCAAAUCCAUCGACUGCAGCAGUUUGGGGCUGCACCUAGUGCACUUCAACCAGGACACCUUUCGCACCGUGGCGGUGCAGCCGGUGGCGCUGCCCAGCAGCUUGAAAGGGGUGCCCUGGCAGAUCCGGGCCGCUGAAAGGCCGGGAGAGUUCCAGCUACUGGGCCCCAGCGUGGCAUUGGAUGCCGUGGUGCCGGGGCGCUUUGGGAAGCUGGGAGCCCAGCUGCCGAUGCAGCUGGGGAUACAGGAGUGUAAUGCUGCCGCAGCAGAGGGGAAACAAACCAACAUGGCCUUGCAGGCCGAAACCUUGCAGAACAACACCUUCGCGGAGCUCAGCAGCCGGAUCGCGGCGGCAGCAGCAGAGAAGUCCUGUGCUGUGGUUGUGGCAGGACCUUCGAGUAGUGGCAAGACUACCUUUGCAGCGCGCUUGGCGCUGCAUCUUCAGGCCAGGGGUUUGGAGGCGCGACCCUUGGAAUGCGAUAUGUAUUUCAAGGCUCGGGCAGAUCCAACACAUCCACGGGAUGCCAAGGGAGAGCUGAACUUCGAGGAUCCAGGGUCCCUGAGGAUUGAAAAGAUCAAGGAAGAUUUGGAAGCACUUCUGGAUGGCAAAGCAGUUGAGCUUCCGAAAUUCUGCUUCAAGACGGGAACCAUCCAGGAAAAGACGGGCAACAUUCUGCAGCUGCCAAAACAAGCUGUGCUGAUCAUUGAGGGCAUCUUCGGGUUGCAUCCAAAGUUCCUCUCAGCUUUUGGAAAUGUGAGUCUCUUCAAGGUGUUGAUCGGCCCCUGGUCCGGUGCCCGUCUUGGCAACCUGUGUGUCAUGCCCGAGAGGAAAUUCCGCCUGCUGCGGCGCAUCGGCCGGGAUGUACGCACUCGGGGUGUGGAUGCAGCACGUGUGAUGCACAAGUUCUCAUCGGUGGCCGCUGGAGAGCAGAUGAACAUUUUUCCAUUUGCAGCAAGUGCAGAUGUCAUCUUUGACUCCACCCUGCAUUAUGAAAUUCCUGCCUUGCGGGCAGUGGUGGGUGCAGAUGUCGAGAAUGCAGAGAGUGAGGAUGCAACCGUGCAAUUUCGCAAACAGGAGUUGGCCAACUAUUUGAGUUGGGCCACCCCCUGGCAGACCUCAGAGUACACCUUGAUGCCCACCAGCAUCGCCUGUGAAUUCCUCGGAAGCUCCAUUUUUGAGUAGUAAAUCGCAGCAGUCUUCGUAGCCGUGCCGCCGUGCCGUCGUGCAUCGUCGUGCCGUCGGCUUUCGUCUGGAUCCUGGGGACACCAAAGGUGCCGCCUCAGGUUUUUCCCUUUCGCUGGAGCGGGUGUCCAGACCUCCAGACCUCUGGUGCAAAAUGUUGCAGGGCGGAGUUUGACCAGCCACUCCAGCGGCUUACGAGUCGUUUGAAAAGAGAAAGCGCGAAAA